GCAUUUAAAAAGUUCCCAUAAAAAUGUGGAAUCUCAAUUCUCAUCUGCUCCAGACCGACCGAAACGGAAUCCGAAAUUUUUCUGUGAUUUCUUGUUAUCGACGAAGUUCUCGUAAUCUUUGAAAUCAAGGCGGUUCGUGUGUUGAGUAUGGAGGCGAAGCAAAUGAAGGCGGUGCAGUACACGAGUUAUGGAGGCGGCGUCGACGCCUUGAAGCAUGUUGAAGUUCGAGUUCCUACUCCUGCUAAGGGUGAAAUGCUGAUAAAAGUGGAAGCUACAAGCUUGAAUCCAGUAGAUUGGAAAAUUCAGAAACGAAUGAUCCCUCUUUUUCCCAAAAAAUUCCCUUACAUUCCUGCAACUGACAUAGCUGGGGAGGUUGUGGAGGUUGGAUCAGAAGUCAAGAACUUUAAAUCUGGUGACAAAAUUGUCUCCAUCCUGAGCCAUUUUGCAGGUGGUGGUUUGGCCGAAUACGCCAUUGCCAAGGAAAGCUUAACUGCGGCACGGCCAUCCGAGGUAUCUGCAGCCGACGGUGCAUCCCUCCCCGUUGCCUGCCUCACAGCUCUCCAGGCCAUAACCAAGUCCGUCGGCCUUACCCUCAACGGCGCCAGCAACUCCGACCCACAGAAAAACAUCCUCAUCACAGCCGCAUCAGGCGGCGUUGGCCACUUCGCUGUCCAGCUGGCAAAGCUAGGAAACGCGCAUGUCACCGCCACCUGCGGCGCACGUAACCUCGACUUGAUCAAAAGCCUGGGAGCCGACGAGGUCCUGGACUACAAGACCCCUGAAGGAGCUGCUCUGAAGAGCCCCUCUGGCAAGAAAUACGAUGCAGUGGUCCAUUGUGGCCCUGCAAUGGCGUGGUCUGUCUUCGAGCCAAAUCUCAGCCCCAGCGGGAAGGUGAUCGAUAUCACUCCCGGGCCGAGCUCCAUGUGGACGUAUGCUGUGAAGAAACUGACUCUUUCGAAGAAACAGCUGGUGCCAUUGCUGAUGUGGCCGAAGAAGGAGAACCUGGAAUGCCUCGUGGAAUUGGUUAAGGAAGGGAAGGUCAAGGUUAUUAUCGACUCCAAGUUUCCUUUGAGCCGAGCCGAGGAGGCUUGGGCUAAGAGCAUGGAAGGCCAUGCCACUGGGAAGGUCAUUGUUGAGCAGUUGGAGUAGAGAUAGAACUUGACUUUGAAUUUACUCUUGUUCUUGUCUGUCUGCUUUUCUUUUGGGAAAAAACCACAUACGAUGAUGAAUUAAGCCAUGUUUGGUUCUGGAAAAAGAAAAAGGAUCUUUCACCUACUA